UAUCCAUGCGUAAGAGGCUAUGUUCCGAAGUGUUCCACUUAAGACCAAAAUACACAUUACACGUGCUGAAGGACAAGUAAGUAAACAAACUGUACAUGGAACUGGGUAGACUAGCUAGAAGAAACAACACGACGGAAAUUCCAACAGAGGUGCCAUGUUGGAUGUGGAGAAGGAUUUCUUCAACAUCCAUGUUUUACAAUUCAAAUACAAACAUACUUUAGUGUCAGUAUAGUGUGGAUACAUUCUUUCCCUAUUGUAUGUCAGCAUGGCUCAAAUAGAGGAAUUUGUCAUAGGUGCUCUCAGCACCAGCUGUGCUGGGUUUUUCACGAACCCAUUGGAAGUAGUUAAAACGAGAAUGCAGCUACAAGGAGAACUGAAAGCGCGUGGAAAGUAUACCGUCCAUUACCGCAAUGCCUUACAUGCAUUUUACACCAUCGCCAAACAGGAUGGAUUCAUCAAGCUACAAAACGGCCUUGUUCCUGCUAUCUGGUACCAAAUGACCAUGAAUGGUUUUCGUCUUGGUACAUAUCAGGUCAUCACAAACAACGGACUUACCAAGGACAAAAACGGAGACGUGGUCAUUUACAAAAGUAUUGGUGCCGGUGCUUUCUCAGGAUGUGUGGGGGCCUUUAUGGGAAGUCCAUUUUACAUGGUGAAAACUCAUCUCCAGUCCCAGUCUGUGCAGCAGAUAGCUGUGGGAUACCAACAUGACCACCAGGGCAUGAUGGGAGCCUUCCGUACUGUGUACAGCGAGGGAGGAAUUCUGGGGCUCUGGAGGGGGGUUUCAGCUGCCAUGUCUAGAGUCAUGGUGGGCUCAGCAGUGCAGCUCACUACCUUCUCCAAAGCCAAAGAGGCUAUUGCCAAAAAAGAGGUGUUUCCAAAGGGGAGUGCCUUCGUUUCGCUGUGUGCUAGUACAAUUAGCGGUGUAGUGGUGACUUGUUUCAUGACACCAUUUGACGUGGUGUCCACACGAAUUUACAACCAAGGCCUGGACGCUCAGGGAAAAGGUCUACUCUACAGAGGAGUACUGGACUGUUAUUUAAAAAUCUUCAGGGAGGAGGGACUUUGGGGGUUUUAUAAGGGGUGGGGGCCUUCAUUUCUCCGUCUGGUGCCACAUACAAUGCUUAGUCUAUUAUUCUGGGACCAGCUUAGAGACGCUUACUGCAGAUUUAAAGGAGGAAAUGUAUGAUAUUUGAUAAAUUGUUUCUUGUAGAAUACAAUGCAUUUCAUAACUUAUUUAAUCAGCAAAAACAAUCUUAUCAAAUAUUUUUCAAAAACAAUGUAAUCCUGUGUUAAAGGGACUAUAAUGGUUAAAAUCACUGUUAAAAAUUAUCAUAAAAAAUGCCACAAAACUUACACUUUCUCUUAAUAACACAAAUUAAAAGUGUCUGCCAACAUAUUUGAUAAUUGCGUGAAAUAAUCUAGUUCUAAUUCUGGCUUCUGCUAAAAUAAUAGUUUUCAUGAUUUUAAACAGAUUUACAAUGGGUUUAUUUUUGCAUUGUCCUAUAUAUAUUCAGAAUCAAAAAACAUGUUUUAGAUUUGUAUACAUCUUUUCUAGUAAGCGGUACCUUUUGUAUAACAUGUAUGAUGAUAUUUUAGCCCAAAUCAAUGAACUCAACCAGAUCAAUGCAUGGUAGAGUCUACUAAAGUUACAUAGGGGUGAAAGGGUUAAAGAUGACAGGUGAAAUGUGUUAAAAAUUACUUAACUCAGUUACCCCUGAAAAGUCAUUUGAACUCCUCCAAUUCAAAGGUUGGAAAAGUUCAUUAUGAAAUUUCAGUGGUGAACGAGUUAAAAUAGCUUCUCUUUAAACAUGUUCUUAAGGUUUUUAUAUAAGCUAUGAUACUUGUAGCUUCAUUGGAUGAAGGAUUAACAAGUUUGUUCAAAUUUGUGACCUGAUACAGUUUACAAGUCUCAUUUAUAUGUAUGUGCUGAUGAUACUUAUCUGUAACUCUUGUGUUCACUUGUGAUAUACAUUUGUAUAUGUAUUUAUAUAUGAGUCUUGUAUUCAUUACCUGUGAGUUUAGCAUUAAGAAUCUCUAUCCCAUCAUAGGAUGUAUUUCCCCCCCAUGGAUUCAGUUACCUCCCCUGAAUUUUGUAUUGGAUAUAACUGUAACUUGACUGAACCAAGAUAUAACUGUUGACCAUCUCAGUUGGUUAUAGUGGCCGUGACUGGAGGUCCAGUGUUUAAAUCCUGGUCAGGUCCAGUUGCAUUUUUUACACUCAGCACAUUGUUGUUUAAUAUACCGUAUUUGACCACAAGUAAGCCCUCACCCCUAGUGAAAAAAGAUUGACAAGAAGUAGGGAGGGGCUUAAUUGCGAGUAUCCCCAGUUACAAAUGUCCACUAUCUUGCAUAUACCGCUGUUUUGAUCUAUGACCACACUAAAUCUCAUAUUCGUAUAGUUGUUCAUGUUGUAAAAAUAACAACCAACAGGCAGGAGAUUGAAUAAAGGUCGCCUCAGGUUGAUUAGCUGUUUUUCUGAAUCUAUUUUCUAUUAAUAAUAAGUCCCAAUAAUUCAUUAAACACCAUUUUGUAAAAUUUAUUAUUGAAAUGUAUUUCUAUAUUUUAUAAUUGAAUAUUCAUCAAUUAAAAAAAAAAGGGAUAGUUUUCUUUAAGAUUUAUCGAAAUUAAAGUCAAACUGCAAACAAAGUUUCUAAUACAUAGCUGCAGUUUUUGGCAGUGGUACGGGGAUCCUUUUAUUACCUGUGACACAGGUGGCAGUGAAAUAAUUGCCAGCUUAUAUAUUGUUAUUGUAAAUGUGAAGGAGGAUGACAGAUUCUCAUGUUCGUGCUGUUAACAUAUCAGGAAUAAAAGAUGGAAUUUUCAUCGGGUAUUAAGAGAAAUAUGUCAGUGAUUUAUAACGUGAAUCCUAAAAUUAAGCAGUACACCUCUAAGUUUUGAAAUUUAUAAAUUAACGGGUUUUAUGCACCACCCCUUCUGUCUUAACACACCUAUUCAGAUGACCAACUUUUUGGCCCCUAUCAUCACUGAUGUCCUAGAAGGACAAAACAGCUGUAUGAUGCACUGGAAUUCAUGUUUGGCUUACUGUAUCUAUAACCAAAUCAUU